GUUAGAAUCUCUGAUCUAUAUUAAUUUGGAUGUAGAUUUAUAAUUGCAAUAUGCAGCUGUUCCCUGUGUGUGGCUGAUGGGUUACGGUAAGAAAAGGGCUCCUCUCGGAACUGGGACCCAAGUGGAGUGCUCCGCUUGCUGGCCCCGAUUCCAGUGAAAAAGAUGAAGCAAAAUGAAAUCUCGGCCACCUAAAAGCCAUCUCCUGGCCCUCCGUAAUGUAUACCAACCACACCAUAAAAAUGCUACUUUGUUCUGAGUUCUGCUAGAUCCUUCUCUCUCCCCGCCACUAGAACCACGCGUGUUAAUGAGCGAAAGCACUGAAAAGCACCAGCGUGCUGAGGUUUCUGCCCACACGUGCCUACAGCGAGCCGCCCGUUGUGUCAUCUGUGUGGCCGGCUGAACGGGGACUUGAACCUGGGUCCCAGCCCCACAUGCCACUCCUCUGGCUCACUGGCAAACUAAGCCUGGCUCUGCUGCUUUCUUGCCUGCAGAACUGCUCCCUGGAGGAGGCCCAAGGCUGCCUCGGCCUGACGCCAGCAGCAACAUGGAACCUCAACUGGAGGUCAGGCCCUCCGGCCGCAAGAGCGCCGGCAACUGGCGGCUGCAGUACGAGGAGUCCCGGAGCCGCAGAAACUCCAUCCCCCCCACGAAGACACCCACUGCCAAACACCUGCUGGCUUACCUGCCUCGGCCUCCCACGGAAAGUGGCAGAUACGGGACCUUUCCUCAGAAGCUCGAAUAUCCCCAACGACAGAUCGGUCCUUCUCCAGAGGAGGCUCAGCACGGUGGAGCAGGCCAGCUACAGUGCGGGGGUGCCUCCCAAGCACCGGCCCAGCGUCUCCAUCAAUACGGAGGAGCUGCCCCGGUACCACCGGUCGUCCAGGACCGACCCGCCUCCGCCCGCCCUGCUGCGGGACUUCAACGCCCGGCUCUAUCCCCAGCACGCUUUCAGCGCCCCCAGCAUCAUCAACUCCGCGCGGAACAAGACGCCGACCCGGAGCGUGAUCUCGGCGCCCUCCUCGGACAAAGGGCCGAGCAGGCGCUGCAAGCUCAUUGACGACGACCGGCAGUUCGGUGGCGGGAACAAGGGGCAGCGGCAGCGCUACGUGACCAAGGUGGGCAAGUGCCAGGUGAACCUGGGGAACAUCCAGGAGAAGAAGCGGUUCCUCUCCGACAUCUUCACCACCAUCGUGGAUCUCAAGUACCGCUGGUUCCUCUUCGUCUUCAGCAUGUGCUACGUCAUCACGUGGGUGGUCUUCGGCAUCAUGUACUACCUGGACGCCUGGAUACGAGACGACGUCAGCCACAUCGGGGACCCCGAGUGGAAGGCCUGCAUCGAGAACAUCGACAACUUCAUCUCUGCCUUACUGUUCUCCGUGGAGAGCCAGCGGACCAUUGGCUACGGCUCCCGCAUCGUGACGGCCCACUGCUCCGAGGGGGUGAUCUUGCUUAUGGCCCAGUCCAUCAUCGGCUCCAUGAUUGACGCCCUCAUGGUGGGAUGCAUGUUUGUCAAGAUCUCCAGGCCCAAGAAGCGUGCCCAGACCUUGAUAUUCAGCAAGAAGUGUGUGAUCUCCCACCGGGACGAGAAGCUCUGCCUCAUGUUCCGCAUCGGAGACCUCCGGGACAGCCACAUGGUGGAUGCCAAGAUACGGGCCAAGCUGAUCAAGUCCAGGCAGACGAAGGAAGGGGAGUUCAUCCCGCUGGAGCAGUCAGAGCUGAACCUGGGCUACGACACGGGUGAGGACCGCCUCUUCCUGGUGGAGCCACAGAUCAUUUGCCACGUCAUCAACGAGCUCAGCCCCUUCUGGGAGAUGUCUGCGGAAGCCCUGAAGAGGGAGCAGUUCGAGAUCAUCAUCAUCCUCGAGGGCAUUGUGGAAGCCACAGGAAUGACGUGCCAAGCCCGGACAUCCUACGUGGAGGACGAGAUCCUUUGGGGGCACCGUUUUGAGCCCUGCAUGACCCUGGAGAAAGGAGCCUUCCGUGUAGAUUACACCCGGUUUGAGAAGACGUUUGAAGUUCAGACCCCGCUGACCAGCGCCCGGGAGAUGUACGAGCUGCGAGAGAUGGAGAACCAGGACCAGUCGACGCUGAGCCUGUAUUGGGACCAUCUGGUGCACCCUUGCCUUUCGACGGACCUCAGUAAUGACGCUCGGCAGGGCGACGGGCCCAGCGAGGAAGGCCUCUCCAGGCUGGGAUUCUCCAACAUCACAGAGGAGAGAAGCAGCGAGUACCAGAAUCAGGGGGGUGAUGUCUGAGCUGCCUGGGCCGUCGCCGGAGGCUUCUGUUCAAUCCAAAAGAACUAUGGAGGAGAUCCUGGAGGCUGGUGGAAAGGCACGUGCCACAUUCGAUCUUCUCGCUUCCUCGUGCCGUGUGGAGCUUCCUGGCGGAGCUGCAUGGAACCUGGGGCGUUCUGGGGGUUGUCUGGCUCGAGCAGGACUUUGGAGCGAGGCCGGGCUUCGGGUUUCUCUCCCUAUCUCCGCUCCCCCGGACGGCUAAGACAUUGCUCACCACUGAAUUGCACUAUAUACGAGCUUCGGGGCUGGAACCUCGAGCAAUGCAUUCCUGAACCCAUGUCUGCUUAGGGCUCCUCGUUUCUAUGAGCCUAAGCCAGACCGCAAACCCAACACUCUUGGGGGAAGAAAACACACUGGAACCAUGUUUGCCGGCACGCCUGUUGCUGUCAAAGCUGGGGCGCUUACACCGUCGGGUUUCGUUUUUCAUUUUUUGCUUUGAGAUAAACCGUGAGAAAAAUGGAGGGGGGUACGUGCCCAGUUCUCGGGCUGCCUCCCUCACUAUGCCACAUAUGGUAGGUGCCCGGCGCUGCGGUACCCCCAAUACAGAGGUGUCUCACCUUUUACAGUGCCAUACAGACUCUUGGUGGAUGUCGUCCCCCUUCCUCUCCCCGUGUGUGUCGGUGGACCGUCCUCCUCCUCUUUGCCUAAGGGAACCCCACAGUCCCUUCACUGUGGCUGCUGCCAAGUGAAAUCAUUUUUACAAGAAGCCACACGCUUUUGCAAAAAGGACCUGGGGAACGGGUGGGCAGUGGAUGGGCAAAUAAAAGCCUUCGGAACAGC